AGAAUUUCGCCAGAGACACGAGCUUUACGAACAGAGCCCUGGUUUUUGUGGCUAUUUGAACAACACAAUUACGUUUAGACUUCGUUUCGUGGUCAAGCGCUUCACUUAUUUUUGGCCCGCUGCAGUUUCACAGCCAUCACCGAGGAAUGACGAGAGAACUCACUCAGAACAAAAUCCAAAAGAUCUGGAUCCCUUCAAAGGAUGACAAACCUGCAAUGCCCAGGAAAUCUGGUGGCGGCCCACACUUGGCCAACCCACCUACAGUCAUAGUGAUGGUUGGUCUGCCCGCAAGAGGCAAAACAUAUAUCUCCAGGAAACUCACACGCUACCUCAACUGGGUUGGCAUGCCCACCAAAGUCUUCAAUGUUGGCGAGUAUCGCAGAGAGGCAGUUAAACACUACAGCUCAUAUGAUUUUUUCAAAUCAGACAACAAGGAAGCAGUCAGAAUAAGAGAACAGUGUGCCUUAGCUGCUCUCCGAGAUGUCAAGGUUUACCUAACUGAGCUGGGUGGUCAAGUUGCAGUUUUUGAUGCAACAAACACAACCAGAAGCAGGAGAGACAUGAUCCUGGAUUUUGGUGCUGAGAACGGCUUUAAGAUCUUCUUCAUUGAGUCCAUAUGCGAUGACCCAAACGUGAUCGCUACCAACAUAAUGGAAGUGAAGGUGUCAUGUCCUGAUUACCAAGACUGCAACAAGACUGAUGCCUUGGAAGACUUUCAGAAGAGGAUUGAGUGUUACAGGGUGAACUAUCAGCCCCUUGACCCAGAUGAUUAUGACAAGAACUUGUCCUUCAUCAAGGUGAUUGACGUGGGCCGCAGGUUCCUGGUGAACCGCAUUCAGGACCACAUCCAGAGCCGCAUCGUCUACUACCUGAUGAACAUUCACGUCCAGCCCCGCUCCAUUUACCUGUGUCGCCAUGGUGAGAGCCAGCACAACCUGCAGGGCCGUCUGGGCGGAGACUCAGGCCUCUCAACGCGAGGCAGAAAGUUUGCCAGCGCCCUGGCCAAGUUUGUGGAGGAACAGAAGCUUAAAGACCUGAAGGUGUGGACGAGCCAGUUUCGGCGAAGCAUCCAGACGGCCGAGGCGCUCAAUGUGCCGUAUGAGCAGUGGAAGGCCCUGAACGAGAUUGAUGCAGGUGUGUGUGAGGAGAUGACAUAUGAAGAAGUGAGGGAGCGCUACCCUGAAGAGUUCGCACUGAGAGAUCAGGACAAGUACUACUACCGCUACCCCACUGGAGAGUCUUACCAGGAUUUGGUGCAGCGGGUGGAGCCGGUGAUCAUGGAGCUGGAAAGACAGGAGAACGUCCUGGUUAUUUGCCACCAAGCUGUCAUGCGCUGCCUCCUUGCUUACUUCCUAGACAAGAGUGCUGAUGAGAUGCCCUACCUUAAGUGUCCACUCCACACUGUACUGAAGCUGACCCCAGUGGCCUAUGGGUGCAAAGUGGAGUCCAUUUCACUAAACGUUGAGGCAGUGAACACGCACAGGGACAGACCUGAGGAGAUCAAGAGGGGCCCAGGCACUUUGAUCAGGAGGAACAGUGUGACUCCUCUGACGAGUCACGAGCCCACUAAGAAGCCUCGUAUCGACGCCCUGGAUGACCCCACCAUUCCCGAGCUGACUCCAGCACCGCUGACCUUCUGUGCCACCACAAACGGCUCCCUCGCAUUGACCACACAGCACUGGCUUGGCCAAGCUUGUCUAACCUGAAGCGAUGCGCUGCAGAGAGCCGCGACAUCCCACAGCUUUGCCAGUGAGAUGGUUUAUCUGCAUCUGCCGAUUUUUACAGGAAGCUUCGCUGCCAAGCAGUUUCUGCAAAAGUUCUCCUUCUGAAGAUUCUCAGACUCUUCAGCUUCUUCUGUUCCCCAAUAAGGACAGAAUAUAGGCACUGAGUGGCUACUUGGGCAUUUUUGUGUGCCCUUAAUGUGGUUUAAUGAAUAUGUGGGUCUUUGAACAGCAGUAUGUCAACUGCUGUGUGUGUUGGUGGAUUUUUUUAUGUAGUGAAGGAAGAGAAAUGAAGCACUGUGGCAAGAAUGAAUGAAUGAAUGAUCCAGCAAAGCUACCAAUCACAUUGCUGUGAUUCAACAGCUUUUUUUUGACUUCCAUUUAUUCUGGUGUGAAUCUCAUUGCCACACAGAAUGUGUCACGCUUGGCUUGGCCAGGUGAAAUCCACACCUGCACGUAAUGAGACACACCAAAGAAAGUCAAAGGAUGACUCAUGCCCACAAGGCACACUCCAUAUGCCUCAUAUUGGGCCACAUACUGAUGUGAAUACUAAAAAAACAACUCCUGAUACAAGUAAUUAUUCCAUUUUAUCUAAUGUUAUUUCAUUGUCAUAUCUCUAAGUGCUGUAAUGAACGCCCCUACACUGCUGCUGGCUGUUUUGUAAAAGUUUGUCAGAUUUGUUGUUAAUGGCACUUUGAGAUUUGUCUCAUGCACUGAGAGAUUAUACACUUUGUAUGUAUGUCAAAGAAAGCAUGUUGAGGAUAUUGUGAUUGAGGUUGUGAUCAUGGGAAUAUUGUGUGGAUGUAUUUGUAUUUGAGGGUAUUUAUAUUUGUGCAGUACUUGUAUCAUCUGUUUAUUGUAAUGCUGACUGAGAGAUUUUUUUUUCUUUUUCUUUUCAACUUUAUGUAUGAAAGAAUUCCCUAGAGUGCCUAGUGCUUCGGCUUCUCAGGCCAAUGAUGCUUUAUAUUCAUCCAAGAUUUUACUAUGUGCAGCGUCAUUUAUUUCAUCAUUUCAUCUGUUUUACUCUUCAAUAUGUCUUAGAAGUGAGUCCCAAAAAUGUAUGCACAUUGUUCAACCAAUGGAGAUUUCAAUAUUUGGUAUUUUAUUUCUGUAUACACUUAAUGUUAACCAAAUGUUUACAGUUUGAAUUUGUACCUGUAUAUUUCUUAGGUAAUGAGCAAGAGAAAUGUAAUUCAGAAACAAGCUUUACUCUUAACACUAGCACAAUGGGGAUAAUACAAUAUAUAUAAAGCAAAAACCAAGUUAUUUAAUGGUGUAAAUGCACUUUUUGCUUUUUGAGGAGCCAGGUUUUGGCUAAAGUGAUCAUGAUGUUAAACCUUUUUCUUAACACAUUGUAGAUGCAGUAUAUAUCACUCUUAACUGUAGUAGCUAAUUAUUUUUUGCUUAUUAUACUUGAAUUCUGUAUUUUGUAAUGCUGUAUAUUUUCUGUUAAACUAUUUAUUUAUUUUUAAUGUAGAAUCAUUGAAUUUUGAGUACAAACCACCUUCCUUGUUGAGAUUAUGGCCCGUAUCAUGAAGUGCGACUGUUCCUUUUUCUUUAAGAGAGACAGUAAAAUGAUAAGCAAACAAUUUCUUUUUGUAUUUGCUGGACCAAUAAAAAAACCUUCAAGGAAA